GGGGAGAGAAAAGGAACCAACAAGUAUUACCCUCCGGAUUUUGAUCCCGCCAAACAUGGCUCUCUCAAUCGCUAUCGGAACAGUCACCCGCUGCGGGAACGGGCCCGGAAGCUGUCCCAGGGCAUCCUUAUCAUCAGGUUUGAAAUGCCUUAUAACAUAUGGUGUGAUGGCUGCAAGAAUCACAUUGGAAUGGGUGUGCGAUAUAAUGCAGAGAAGAAGAAAGUGGGCAAUUACUACACAACUCCUAUAUACAGGUUUAGGAUGAAGUGUCACUUGUGUGUGAAUUACAUCGAGAUGCAGACUGAUCCAGCUUCUUGUGAUUAUGUCAUUGUGAGCGGAGCGCAAAGGAAGGAGGAGCGAUGGGACAUGAGUGAGAACGAGCAAAUCCUAACAACAGAACAUGACCAGAAGCAGAAACUGGAGACGGAUUCUAUGUACCGGCUGGAGCACGGUGCGGCAGAUAAAGAGAAGCUGCAGAAGGCCAUACCCACCCUGUCUGAACUGCAGGAAGCACAGGGUGCCUGGAAGGACGACUUUGCUCUCAACAGUCUUCUGCGCAACAAGUUUAGAGAAGAGAAAAAACAGAUUCGAGAGGAGGAACAGAAGGACCAGGCUUUCCUGAAGAAGGCCUCCUUAGAUCUGAAGCUGCUUCCGGAGACAGAAGAGGAUAAGAGGAUGGCGUCACUACUAAAGUACCGCAGCCUGGAGUGUAAGCAUUGGAAGACGCCAUAUGACAAAAGGCAGCAGAAGAAACGAUCGGAGAUUUCCAGCCGCCCUUGGUUUUCUCGGGGAAGUGACGUGAAGAUCCAGACAACAAACAACUCUUUAAAGAAUCUCAAGAUCCGACCUAAACCUGUAUCCAGCCCCGUAACAUCUGCUUUAUCACUGGGAGUGGUAAGGAGGGAGUCAAAGGAGGGGAAUGAUAAGGAAAAGACUGUUUGCCUGGCUGAAUGUGGACAAGAAACAUCAGAGGAGACCAAUGGGAAACAUUGGGAGAACAGCGAAUUUAUACAGCCAGCGAAUGAGAGCACUGCUCUACAGACUGUCAGUAACACAGAUACUUCUCCGCCUGAGACCCCGCCCAAGGACACACCCCCCAAAGAGCCAGCUGCUUCCUCCUGCCUUGUACCAGACUACUCCGAUUCCAGCUCUGAGUCUGAGUCGUAA